AUGAGCGUGGUGUACGAGCCGCGGAACUUCAUCCACGAUGGGGCCUAUCCGCCAAUGGACGAACCCCACGAUACCGCGCCGGAUUCGGACCGUUUCCCCGACCCCAGCGAUGCCGUCGUCAACGAACUAGCGACUACUGUCGCGACAUUCACCCAACCUCACCCGGAGUUUGUCGACACGACAGAGCCUAGGCUUGAGCUUCCCGUCGCCCCUCCCACCGCAGUCCCGACCACCAGUCCUAAGGAAGAGUCGCCCACCGCAUCGACGCCUCAGCGCAGCAAGGCGGUCCCUAAGCCGGACCGGGAGGUGACGAGGAAUUUGGACGGCAAGUUCGUCUGUACAUGGCCGGGCUGUGCCGAGGAGCCCAGGGAAUUUGUCCGCAAGUGCGAGUGGAACAAACACAUGGACAAGCACGACCGACCCUACAAGUGCGCCGCCGCGGGAUGCGAGAAACUCCCCGGGUUCACGUAUUCCGGCGGCCUAUUGCGGCACGAGCGCGAGGUACACGGCAAGCACGGCGGGCCCAAGAACUCGUUCUACUGUCCGCACCCCAACUGCAAGCGGCACGCGGGCAAGGGUUUUUCGCGGCAAGAAAACCUCAACGAGCACCUGCGGCGCGUGCACACGCAAAACGGGAUUCCGCUCAACGGCGCCGAGGCAGAGACAGACGACGGGGCGAGCGAUAAUGCGGGUGGAAGCAGCAGCCUCAGCGGUGGGCCGAAGCGUAAGCGCGAUGAGCACGCCGGUGACGACAGCGACCUGCGCGAGGAAAUCAAGCGCGUGCGGCUCGAGAACGAGGAGCUGCGGCGCCAGGUGCAGGCGCAGACUCAGCAGACGGUCCUCAUGAUGCAGAAGAUUACAGCGCUGCAGCAGUCACUCGAGGGGCGCAUCCCUGCGGCUGCCAUGGCCAGCGCCGUGCCGAUUGCGCCGAUGGCCGCUGCGUCGAUGAUUUAG